AUGCCGAGUGCGUCAGUCAACCUCGGGAAAUCGCGCAUCGAGUGGGACACCGCCACGAACGCGGAAGACGUCCAGGCCACGGCUGCGUUUCGGGAGGCAGCGCAGCGCUCUCCGCUGACUGACUCUGAUGAAAAGGGAACAUUUGAAAGACCGUGCAGUGAGGGCUUCCACCAGCCAUCGGACGCGGGGGUGGUGCUCGAGCGGGUGGCCUACGACAACGAGGGCCUCGACGAGAAGAUCAUGACCCACGGCGGCCCAAGGACCUCGCGCGCAUGA